AUGGCGCCUACUGAUACCCAACCGCCGUCCAUGACCUGUGUGAAGCUGGACUUCCCGGCUCCCUACGUGCUGCUGGUGACCAUCAACCGCCCGGCUCAGAUGAACUCGCUCUCUUUCGAGGCAGCGUGGGAGCUGGACCGACUCUGGGACUGGAUGGACGAGGAACCACAGAUACGAGUUGGCAUCAUCACCGGUGCUGGGAAGAAGGCAUUCUGCUCUGGCAUGGACAUCAAGGAUCGUCUGGAGAUGGAGAAACUCAGUGAACUCGCUCUCGCAAAGGCAGUGACCUACCCUCCCACUGGCUUUGCGGGACUCACUCGACGCACCGGCAAGAAACCGAUAAUAGCAGCCUGUAACGGCCACGCACACGGCGGCGGCUUCGAGAUCGUGCUAAACAGCGACCUCGUCAUCGCAGCAGACCACGCCGACUUCAAGCUGCCCGACUCUGCUCGAGGGACAGGCGCACUCUGCGGCGGCCUGCCUCGACUGGCCCGGAACCUCACCUUGCAGCGAGCGAUGCUGCUGGCCCUGCUGACGUAUACGCUGUCCGCACAAGAGGCCAAGGAAUGGGGUAUCGUGCAGAAGGUGGUUCCUGCUGACGACCUGGUCAAGGAAGCCGUCAGGAUGGCCAGUGGCAUUGCUGCCAUGAGUCCCGACAGUAUCAUCGUCAACCGUGCCGGCGUCAGACAGGGCUGGGAGACGGCGAGCGUGGAGCAUGCCUCGACCCUGAUAUGGGACAACUACGCAAAGAAGCUGAUGCUGGGGGAUAAUGCGAUCGAGGGCAUGCAGGCUUUCAAGGAGAAGCGGCGUCCGGUCUGGAAACCGUCGAAGCUGUGA